AUGGAAGAUCAAGUAACGAAAUUGACGGAGAAAGUUUGGGGGAAUUUCCAAACUAUACCUCCUAAUGCAAGAUAUCUCGUUGCCGUAUCCGGGAUUCCUGGGUCAGGAAAAACUACCCUCGCAGCAACCAUAACCAAACGACUUAAUGCUCUCCAAGAAAGCCAUUCAAAUAAGACUUCCCUCCCCCCAAUCGCCGGUUUCAUCCCCAUGGACGGCUACCACCUAACACGAGCCCAACUAUCCGCCAUGCCAGACCCAGCCCACGCACAUGCUCGACGAGGCGCCGAAUUCACAUUCGACGGGCUAUCAUUCCUAUCUCUUAUUCAGAAAAUCCGCGAACCUCUUACUUCCUCCACCAUCACCAUCCACGCACCUUCAUUCGAUCACGCGCUUAAAGAUCCCAAGGCUAAUGAUAUACCAAUUGAACCUACAACGCGCAUAUUAGUUUUCGAGGGGAAUUAUUUAUCGUUGGAUAAGGAACCGUGGAGGAGUGCAGCGAAAUUGAUGGAUCAAUUGUGGUUUGUGGAUGUGGAUUUUAAGGUUGCGAGGAAGAGGUUGAUUCCGAGACAUGUGAGGGCGGGGAUUGCGGAUAAUGAGGAGGAGGCGGAAAAGAGGGUGCUUGAGAAUGAUUUGGUUAAUGGGGAAGAGAUUGUGAAGGGGAGGAUGUCGGUUCAUGAGGUUAUUGUUAGUACGGAUGAUGUAGCUUGGAAGUAG